UCCUGCUCUGUGAUUGAUCAACAACCAAGGUGUACUUUAUGUUUGGUCCGGUUCAGAUCCGCUGGCUGAAAAAUCUUCAAUCCAACAGAUAUCUUCUCUUGGCAACUAUGGUCCAACCUAUUUUCCCAUUGCUGCUACUACUACUACUCCUGUCCUCCCCUGGGCUCUGUGUGCCAUGGAGGACAUCAGAGAUGUUUUUGAAAACCCUUCAGCCAGAAGAUCUGAUUUUGUAUUUUGGCCAGGAACAUGUUGCAGCCUCUUCUGUGGAUCUUGGAAACUUGACAUGUACCUGUAAAGAACUCCCUAAGAUGUCUACUCAAUGUUCUGUCAGUGUUUGUACCCUACACACACCUCGGGAGAGAUACGUCUUCACCUUUCCGGUUGGCGAAAAACGUCUUACUACAGAACGUUUUGUAAAUGCCACCCUACACCAUCUGCGUCAAAACUCAUGUGGGUCAGUGGGAACUAUGGUGCAUCCAGAAGGAGUGAGAUCUGUGAUUACGUAUUGUGAAGAAGAAAUAAGUGGGUUUUUCAUCAUGGACAAGGACCAAUUUUUCAUCCAGCCUAUAAAGAAGAAACAUUUGCUACUGAGUCAUGAGCAGGAACCAUGGAACGCUCAUAUAGUCUCUAGAGUUGAGAAGGUGGCUGUGGAAUACAAAGAGUCACUGAACGUUCCUCAUAUCCAUAAGCUACAGAAGAGAGAUGUUCUUGGGGUGAAACAUUUGGAGCUUCUCAUUGUCGUAGGUCACGAUGUCUACCAGUUCCACCAGGAGGACACGGAAAGAUAUAUACUUACCAACCUCAAUAUUGGGUCAGAAUUACUGAGAGAUGUCUCACUUGGAGCCACACUUCGUGUCCACCUGGUGAAAAUGAUCAUUCUGACUGAGCCAGAGGCUGGCAUCCAGAUUAGCGCCAACCUUAUGUCCUCCCUGAUGAGUGUCUGUGAGUGGAGCAGAACCCUGAAUCCUCUCGGUGACUCUGACCCACAACACGCAGAUCUGGUCCUCUAUAUCACCAGGUUUGACCUUGAGUUACCUGAUGGAAACAAGCAAGUACGUGGUGUCACCCAGUUAGGCAGCGCCUGCUCCUCCUCCUGGAGUUGUGUCAUUACCGAAGACACAGGGUUUGAUUUGGGGAUCACCAUAGCGCACGAAAUUGGACACAGCUUUGGAAUAAAUCAUGACGGCACAGGGAACAGCUGCAGUGGCAGCGGGAAAAUCAUGUCGGCUGAGGGAAGUCACAACAGUGUCCAUCUCACAUGGUCGGAUUGUAGUCGAGAGCAGUUCCUUCAGUUUCUCAGCAGUGACCAAGCAAACUGUAUUGAUGACCUCCCAGCAUUAGAAAGCAGUAUCCCCGGCUGGAAGCCUGGUCUGUAUUACGGAGCAGACGAACAAUGUAAAAUCGCAUUCGGUAGCUCAGCCCUGGCCUGCACGUUUUCUCAUAAUGAUCUGGACAUGUGCAGCGUCCUCUCCUGUCACAUCAGUCAACAAGACCGGACCAGCUGCAAUCGUCUUCUUGUCCCAUUGCUGGAUGGCACAGAAUGUGGAGAGAACAAGUGGUGUCAUAAGGGUCGCUGUACUUCUCUUGAGGAACUGAAUCCAGUUUCAGUGGUCCAUGGAGUCUGGUCUAGCUGGGGCGGAUUUACUUCCUGUUCACGAAGUUGUGGAGGGGGAGUAAUCUUUAGGAAACGUCGGUGCAACAACCCAAGACCUGCAUUUGGUGGUCGCAACUGUGAAGGACCGGGUCUUCAGGCUGAAAUGUGUAAUACCCAGGACUGUGACACAACCCAACUGGAGUUCAUGACACGGCAAUGUUCAGCCACCAAUGAUAAACCGCUUUUCCUCUCUCAAGGUCAGGCCUCCUACUACCGCUGGACAUCGGUGGCUGGGUUUGCACACGGAGACACAUUGUGCCAACACAUGUGCCGUGCUCAGGGGCAGAACUUCAUGGUGAAACGAGGAGACGCUUUUACGGAUGGUACUCGGUGUGAGCCAAGCGCUGAGACAGAUGCUGCUUUCAAGCUGUGCAUAGAGGGAAGAUGUAAGGUCUUUGGCUGUGACGGAGUCAUGGAUUCUGGGAUGGUGGUGGACCACUGCAGGGUAUGUGGUGGAGACAACAGCACCUGCAGACGAGUCAGCGGAGCCUUCACCGAAGGGACAGCUGGUGUGUAUGUCACUUUUCUAACACUUCCUGAGGGUUCCAUGACGAUCGAAGUGACCAACCGGAAGCCUCUUUUCACACAUUUGGCUGUUAAGAAAAAUGGCGAAUACAUUGCAAAUGGAAAGAAAAGUAUCUCUUCCAAUGUCACCCAUCCCUCAGUCUUGGAAGAUGAUCGGAUAGAGUAUAGACUGUUCCUAACACCCGAGAAGCUUCCUCAUCAGGAAAGACUCAGCGUUGACGGCCCAACCACAUCUGAGAUAGAACUACAGGUUUUCAGAAAAUAUGGUCCAGAAUACGGAGAGAUCACCAAUCCAGACAUUGCUUACAGUUACAAUGUUCCUAAGGAGGACCAUUCUUAUGCAUGGAUAUCGGUGCAGGGACCGUGCUCAGCCACUUGUGGAGGAGGUGUCCAGAUGGUGUUUCAUGAAUGCUUUGACCAUAUGCUCCAAGAGAUGGUUGAAGCCAAGUUAUGUAAUGAUUCUGAUUUUAUCAGACCCACCAAGGAGCCCUGUGGAAAUGAUCCUUGCCCCCCAAGGUGGGAUGUGAAGGCGUCUUCUCCAUGUACAGUGUCCUGUGGUGGUGGAGUCAUGCUCAGGACAGUGCACUGUGUCCAAAAGCAGCAGGAUAUGGAGACCAUUGUAGCUGACCUCUACUGUGCCCACACACCGAGACUUAACACCUUCACUACCUGUCACCCAGAGGCCUGUCCUGCAAGGUGGGAAGUGUCAGAGCCGGGCCCUUGCUCAGCGGUCUGUGGAUCAGGCCUGGCGAAGCGUAACGUUUCUUGCGUGCAGUCACAGUCUGGCCAGGAAGCCAUAGUCGAUGACUCUAACUGCUUAGAGCAAGAGCAGCCAACAGCCCUGGUCCAGUGUGUGGUCAGCGUGUGUCCUGUCGGCUGGGAUAGAAUUAUAAAUAACGAGAUCCAUCUCAACGGCACCUCAUGCAACAGGACAGAUGUCUACGUGUGGAGUCCUGUCCAGAGUGAAUGCUCUGUCACUUGUGGUACAGGUAUUUCAGAGCUCCGCUAUCUUUGUGUUGACUUUUAUGCCAAAGAGGAGACCUUGGAGGAGAACUGUAACCAAACGUUGAAGCCGGAGACACAGCACAAGCCAUGUCGCCCUCAGAGCUGCCCUCCAGAAUGGGAAGUAAAUGAGUUGUCCCCAUGUCCCGUGACUUGUGGAGGAGGAAUAAUCCCGCUGUCUGUGGCUUGUGUGAGGAAGGACAAGGGCAUCGCCCAUCGAUUACCUCACUCCAAGUGCAGCCAAAGCCCCCGUCCAAACCCCACCAAAAAGUGUGCCAUGGAGCCCUGCCCUGUCCGGUGGCGCUAUAAGGCAGGAUCUUGCAGUGUAAGUUGUGGAGGGGGUGUCUUGCAGAGAGUCCUGUACUGCACCAGAGCCGCCCAGGAAGGAGAAGCUGAAGAAACAAUAGUUGCAGAUAAUGAAUGUCAGCAUUUACCUCAUCCUCAAGAGCAGGAACCCUGCAACCGACAACCGUGCCCCCCGAGGUGGCGAGUAUUAGAAGUCAGUCCAUGUUCUGCAGCUUGUGGGUAUGGAAUAUCCAAGCAGAAGGUGUCAUGUAUGGAGACGGCGGCUGGAGCCGAGAAUGAAGUGGAUGCAACAUCUUGUCCAUCUCAGGAGAGACCUCUGUCUGUCAUCCCUUGCUUUAUCGCUAGCUGUUUCUACACAUGGGAUGUAGGGGCCUGGACUCAGUGCUCGGUUACAUGCGGAAAUGGCGUUCAGAGACGUCAGGAGUUUUGCAUCAACUCCAAGAGCCAUGAGCAAGUGAGCCCCACGUUCUGCCUCAACUCCCCAAAACCCAUAACCCUGAGAGGAUGCUCGGAGAAUCCCUGCCGCUUGGACACACAGACAUCACAACCAGACGUGACAACCACCCCACCACUGACAUCUGCUGCCCCUAACCAGGGACCUCAUUUUAAAGCGGUGCCAAUGUCUGAAAGACCAGGAGACCUUCCAAAGCACAUGGAUGGAGACGGUGGAAAUGGUGUCUGCGGCCGCCUCUUUACCAACUCAUCCGGAGUCAUAAAUACGACUGGAUUUCUUGAAAAGGACUGUAUUUUCUCAAUUGGACGGCCACUGGGAGAAGUGGUUGUUGUCAAAGUCCUAUCCAGUUCCCUGAACUGCACCACCAAGGAGCUGGUGCUGUUUUACGGCAGAGCCAUGUGGAGGAAGUCAUGUAGCCGGCUUUCUUCGGUGACCGUGAUUGCGAGAUCGAACACCCUAACAGUGAGGCAGCGCCAAAUUCAUCCUGGUAAUGGUAUUGUACUGGCGUACUGGAGCAGAUCAGCCACCGACAGCUACCACCAAGACUGUGACGUUCAAUUAUUUGAGAUGCAAGGCGACAUCCAGAAUCCAGUGCAGCCAAAGUCAGGCUCCCCUGCUUGUCGUGUCUUUAUUGAUGUGCCCCCCAUGUAUACCAUCGCUAUCCACGCCCUGUAUAUGGAUCUGAAUCCAGGGCACAACGAGACGCACGCAAAUUAUAUCCUGAUUCGAGACAUGAAGACGUUAAAAUCCUCGGCCUUCCACGGGAAUAAUUUAUUCUACUGGGAAUCUCUUGGAAGCCAAGUGGAGAUAGAGUUCAAUGGAGACUUCUCACAAGAAAGAGUCAGCUUCCGGGCUCAGUACUGGGCAAGGGAGCGAGGAAGGCAGACGAAGACGCAGGCGGAGGAGGCGCGUAGAUGAUGACGUCACCUUAGCGCUUGGAAAUUAUGACGUCCAUUGUGUAGCUGUCCUUUGCUUGGCCACAGAAAAGAGCUAAACUCUAUGUCUUGGCUCCAAGUUCUAUUGGCCACGGACACAUGUAGCUUUUAUAUAAUUUUAUAUAGUAUUUUUUACAUUCUGAUAAUCCGGCACAUGUUUGUAA